AUGGCCUCGUUUCCUGCAACAACGGAGUCUAUCACUCAAGCUCUAGAAGCUAAGAACUCCGAAGAUUCCAUUUCAAUCCUCUACCGAAUCUUGGAAGAUGCUUCAACGUCUCCAGAAGCUCUACGCAUCAAAGAGCAAGCGAUCUCAAACCUCUCCGAGUUUCUCUCCAAGGAGAAGAGAGCAGAGGAUCUCCGGAUGCUCUUAACUCACCUCAGACCCUUCUUCACUCUCAUCCCAAAGGCCAAAACUGCUAAAAUCGUCAGAGGAGUCAUCGACGCCGUUGCGAAGAUCCACGGAACAACCGAUCUCCAAAUCAGUCUCUGCAGAGAGAUGGUCGAAUGGACACGUGUCGAGAAGCGCACUUUCCUCAGGCAGAGAGUAGAGACGAAGCUUGUUUCUCUCUUGAUGGAGAAGAAGGAGUUCGUCGAAGCCUUGGCGCUGAUUACGAACUUGGUGAAAGAAGUAAGGAGAUUAGAUGAUAAGCUUCUUCUUGUUGACAUUGAUUUGCUUGAGAGCAAACUUCACUUCUCGCUGAGAAACUUACCAAAGGCUAAAGCUUCACUCACUGCCGCUAGAACCGCGGCGAAUGCUAUCUACGUCCCACCAGCUCAACAGGGCACCAUUGAUCUGCAGAGUGGGAUUCUUCACGCGGAAGAGAAAGAUUACAAGACUGCUUACAGUUACUUCUUUGAAGCGUUUGAGUCUUUCAACGCUCUCGCGGAUCCGAGAGCUGUGUUCUGUUUGAAAUACAUGUUGCUGUGUAAGAUCAUGGUGAGCCAAGCUGAUGACGUUGCAGGGAUAAUCUCUUCAAAGGCUGGAUUGCAGUACGUUGGCUCCGAUCUUGAUGCCAUGAAAGCAGUUGCUGAUGCUCAUGCCAAGAGGUCUUUGAAGUUGUUUGAGAGUGCGGUUCGUGACUUUAAGGUGCAGCUUGAGGAAGAUCCGAUUGUCCACAGGCAUUUGUCUUCUCUCUACGACACGCUUAUGGAGCAGAACUUGUGCCGUCUGAUUGAGCCGUUUUCGAGAGUGGAGAUUGCUCAUGUCGCUGAGAUGAUUGGACUGCCGAUUGACCAUGUGGAGAAGAAACUCUCUCAGAUGAUUCUUGACAAGAAGUUUGCAGGUGUUCUUGAUCAGGGAGCUGGGUGUCUCGUUGUGUUUGAAGAUCCAAAGGCGGAUUCUAUCUACUCGGCGACUCUUGAUACCAUUGCAAACGCAGGGAUGGUUGUUGAUAGUCUCUAUGCUCGUUCUGCCAAAAUCAUGGCUUGA